UGACUCGCUUGGUCUCGCUUGCUUUCGAUUGGCGUUUUUGGCAAAGUGCCUCGCUCAAAGCGUUUCGACCGAGACUAUGCCAAACAGAGAUCGUUCAUCGUUUUUCGACGGGUCCAAAAUCUGAUCCGGGCCCGCGGCCUACCUCGCUUCGACGGCAACACUACCAGUGCCAAGGGUGCAAACUGGCUACCGAUUACUGAUAGUAUGCCAUGGAACCGACGAAGACUAUUCCACAAAUUUUCGUCCCCACAUUUUGUAUAAAAGGGACGCUGCACAUCAUUUAUCCUUAGCCCCCUCCUACAAUUCAUAGUUUCUAUCACUGAUCAUCGGAAAUAGGAGAUCAUGGAAACUCGCCCAAAGACGAUUUACCUUCCGGAUACCAUGACCGACUGGCCGUGGCCUCGCACGAUCAACCCUCAUUUCGAAGCUGUGAAAAUUGAAGCCGAUGCUUGGUUUCAUAGUUUCAAAGCUGUGGAUCCUGAAACAUUGGAAGCAUUCGACAAGUGUGAUGCAGCUUACCUAGUAGCACUGGCUCAUCCUACCGUGUCAAGAGAACAUCUUCGAGUUUGUUGCGAAGCAAUGGAUAUACAAUUAUUUGUGGACGAAGUCACCGAGAGAAGCACUGCAGCAGACGCCAACGGAAUAGUGGACAUCGGCGUGGAUGCCUUACACAAUCCUCAUAAGAUACGACCAGAGGGUGAACACAUCAUGGGAGAAAUGAUGCGACAAUGUUCGGCUCGUGCGAUGCAGACCAUAAGCAUGACUUGUCAGCCCCGCUUCGUUGAUAGCUUUACGACAUACCUUCGUGCAGUAGCUGUCGAGGUUAUCGACCGCGAACAAAGACACUGUCGCAGUAUCGAUGACCAUUUCAAGCACCGACGGGAAUCAUCUGGUAUAUUACCUUGGCUCAUACUAUGUGGAAUGGAAAUAGAUCUUCCUGAUGAGGUGUUCUACCAUCCUGCCAUCGUGGAUAUGGUUGAAUGCGCCGCAGAUUUGGUUACAAUUGACAAUGAUAUAUUCUCGUACAAUAGAGAACAAGCAAGCGGGAACGAAUACAAUUCACUGAUAACUGUUGUCAUUCUAGAACUUGGCCUCGACAUAGGCGGUGCGAUGGGUUGGGCAGCCGCCUAUCACACUAAACUCAAGAAAAGAUUUAUCGACGGUUUUGCGAAGAUCCCUUCAUGGGGUCCUUCCACCGAUAGCCUAGUCAAGGAGUACCUUGAUGGACUAGGAAUGUGGGUGCGAGCAAGUUAUAUUUGGAGUUUCGACGUUCAAAGGUACUUUGGCACAAUGAGUGCGGAGAUCCAGGAAACUAGGCUCGUCCCAUUAUUGCCAAAGGUCCAUUGCAAAGCCAGCAUCCGCGGCGGCGAAGACCACACUGAUACCCGCUACAGUCAGUAGCGGGGUCUUUGUAUUGUUUCAAGCCCUAUUCGUCUACAUGCUUCUAUGUUGUCUCAUUGCGUUGUCUCUCCUUUAAUUUGUUAUUGUUGGGAACCAAC